CCCCGCGCCCGGGGCCCGCGGGCGGGCUCGCACCCGCCUCCCGCGGUGAGGCCGAGGGCGGGCCGGGCCAGCGGCGCAGGAGGGCAAAGGGGCAGAGGCGGAGCGCGCCGGGCCGCCAUGGUGCUGCUGGUGGUGAUGGGCGUCAGCGGCUCAGGGAAGACCACGGUCGGGUCGCGGCUGGCAGAGAAGUUGGGAUGGAAAUUCUACGAUGCAGAUGAUUAUCAUCCUCUAGAAAAUAAGAAGAAAAUGGAAAAAGGGAUUCCACUAAAUGACGAGGAUAGGAUUCCUUGGCUUUGCACAUUGCAUGAUAUACUAAGGAGAGAAGACGCAUCUAGACAAGAUACAGUUCUGGCCUGUUCUGCACUGAAGAAGAUGUACAGGCGUGUGUUAAUUAGUGGAGCAUCUGCAAUCAAAAGCAACCAGCCAGAGCAACCAGGAGAAAACCCAGCACUAAAGAUCCUCUUUGUUCAUUUGGAUGGACCUAUGAACAUCAUUGCUGGCCGCCUGGAGAAGCGGAGAGGUCAUUUUAUGCCACUUAAACUUCUCAAGUCUCAGUUUGAUACUCUAGAGCCACCUAGUGCACCAGAAAACUUCAUUACUGUCAGUCUAGAAAAAUCUCUCCCAGAAAUAGUAGCAGAGAUUGAGAGCGCCAUUCUUCAGGGUGAGGCUUUGCCAGUGUAAUUUUCUGAAUGACACAUAUAGAAAUUCCCUGAAGGAUAGCUAGGCUAUGAGAUAGGGUUUUAAUUAUUAAAUUGAUUAUUAAAUCAAACCAGCUUAUUUUUAAGAGCUCGUUUACUGCUUGGUUUUUUUAUCGUGGCUCUGUAAAAGACAUACAAGAUAUAAUUUGCAAUAACUGUUAACUUUUUAAGCCCUUCACUCUGUGAAGUUAAAAUUCUCAAUUUUGUAAGAGCCUGCUUUUGAAAAUCCUUGCAAGGGUCACACAGAAUAAUUUCUUUUCUUAAUUUUAAUAUUUUCUCUGUCAGAUACUGAGAUGGGCACAUCUGCUAUUACAAGAUUAAAUAAUUUACAGCUUUGUUAAAAAAUAAUGUCAUUUUCCUAGAAGAGGCAGGAACAUGUGUGAUAAAGUUCCAUACAUGACACUAUCUCUGUCUCACUGCUGGAUUUUCAUCAAGUUGUAGAUUCUGUGUUUGUAUCCUUGUUUACCUCACUAGAGUACUGAUGACUUCAUAAGAACUUUCCUGAUCUCUUACUGAAUGCAUUGACCACCAAGCUGAAAAAUGUUUGAAAGAAAAGGCAGUGGUGGUGAUGCAAUAUAAAAAAUUUAACUGAAUGGAAAGCUUUAGAAAUAAAGCAUAAGAAAUACUUAGAAAUAAAGCUUCAGAAAUAAAACAUCA